GGGCUCCGCGCGGUGGCGGGAAAGCGGCGCCCCGGCACUUAAGGGACGCUGAGGGGUAGCGGCUUGCUCCGCUAUGGACCCGGCCGAGGUGGAGUUUCUGGCGGAGAAGGAGCUGGUGACCAUUAUCCCGAACUUCAGUCUGGACAAGAUCUACCUCAUCGGGGGGGACCUGGGGCCCUUUAACCCUGGCCUGCCGGUGCAAGUGCCUCUGUGGCUGGCGAUUAACCUGAAGCAAAGACAGAAGUGCCGGUUGCUUCCCCCGGAGUGGAUGGAUGUGGAAAAGUUGGAGAAGAUUAGGGAUCAUGAACGAAUGGAAGAAACUUUUACCCCUAUGCCUAGCCCUUACUACAUGGAACUGACCAAACUCCUGUUAAAUCAUGCUUCAGACAACAUUCCAAAAGCAGAUGAGAUCCGCACCCUGAUCAAGGAUGUGUGGGACACUCGCAUAGCCAAACUCCGGGUAUCUGCUGACAGCUUUGUGAGGCAGCAGGAGGCACAUGCGAAGCUGGAUAAUUUGACCUUGAUGGAGAUCAACACCAGCGGGGCAUUCCUCACACAAGCUCUCAAUCACAUGUACAAACUCCGUACAAACCUGCAACCUUCUGAAAGUGCCCAGUCUCAGGACUUCUAGAGAAUGACCUUUGAUUUGUAAAGGCCUUGUGUCUGCUGGCAUGAGGCUUACCGGGUAAUGUGUGAGUGCUCAGGACAUGAUAGAGGUACUCAGUGCUGGGUUUCUAGAACCAUUUGAAUGUAAGAAAAACGUGCAAUGAAGCAAGGAAUGGAUUCAUAACAUUGUUGGAAAGCAACAGGUUAUGUUUAGUUCUUAAGAUAUUCAUUAAUUCCACAUCUGUCUCUAGAGGCCAACUGCUCCUUUAUGGAGGAAAGAAAAAGCUUCAACAAACAAGCCAUUCUCCCUAGCACGGUCUCAGGUCUCCUGCACGGAACUGUUAUGUGUGGGUGAGUGUUCAUGUUGCUUUGAAAAGACAGAUACAAAUGGUGAUGGGGCCCUAGGACUUUGUUGUUUUGAUAUGGAUCUUUUUAGCUGAAUUUAAAUCUAGAGAUUGCUCACAUAGAGGAGGAUGGCAGAUGGUGGCUUGUGAUGCCGACAGGGGUUGAUCUCAGCCAGGGGUGGGGGACCUUUUUUCUGCCAAGGGCCGUUUGAAUAUUUAUAACAUCAUUUGCAGGCCAUACAAAAUUAUCAACUUAAAAAUCAGCCUGCUCUAUUUGGUCAAACAUUUAAUUAACACCCCUAAUGCCUUGGUAGGGGCAGACCAAAUGAUUGAGUGCCUUAUAAGGCCCACAGGCUAGAUGUUCCCCACCCCUGAUACAGAAUAAAGAUGGAAUCAACCCAAUCUGUUGGGUUUAUUUUUCCUGCUUAAGCCAUGUGGCUAAAAUGAUAAUGAUAGGCCAAACUGAGGUGUGUAGCAGGUUGUAAACUUCAAACACUCUGGUUGUCUCUUGUUAUCUUUGCUAUUUCUGGUUACAGUUUGAAGGGCUGCUUUAAAACCUGACCAUGAUCUCUGAGUAUGUGAGUGGAGCACAGUGCUAAGAACCGUUGGGCCUAUAACACUGCUCUUCAUGGGUCUUAGGGUAAGAUGGUCAUAGGGAGCAGUGGCUCAAAGAAGGGUAAAUUCUAAGAGAAAAAAAUUCAAAGAUAGCGUUUUGGAAUUGCUAAAUUGCUCAUAGAAAAUUUAUUGCCCUGAAAGGGGAAAAGAUUGUCUAGAGCAGCAGUUUUCAACCUUUUUCAUUUCAUGGCACACAUAAACACGUAAUUACUAAAAUUCUGCGGCACACCAAAAAAAACUAUCUUGCCAAUCUGACCAAAAAGAAUAGGUAUAAUUUUGA